AUGCAUCGGCACCUAGUGAAAAAGAUUAUUGAAGAGCCUUGUCGGGUAGAACCUCAAUUUAAUUAUCAGUUUGAUGCACUAAAUAUUAGGGGUCAUAGUCCUGAACAACAAAUUAUUUCAGCUUUAAGGAUUAUAGGUUAUGACAAACCAGCGGAUGCGAAGGAAGAUGUUAGACAAAUUUUGAGGGAGAAGGAGGAUAGGGGAUUCCCAGGAGGUAGUCUUGAUUAUAUGCAUUGGCCCCCUGUUCGUGCAUUGGGCCAUUCAUACCGGAAUUUUAACGAACGCCAAAUGGCGUUGAGUAAGGAUGUGGAACGCGCUUUUGGAAUUUUGGAGAGGAAGUUCGCUAUCAUUUGUGGUCCAUAUCGUGGUUUAAGUCCUCGUGAAAUGCACAAGACUAUACUCACUUGCAUAAUUCUCCAUAACAUAAUAAUUCAAGAAACCCGUCGCCGUAAGGAGUGGACUAACUACGAAGAUGAAGAUCUGGAGCCUGAGAUCCAACCACAAAGAGGCGUGCCUGCAAAAAUUAUGGAAAAUGACUAA